CUAGGAAGACGACACCCCUUCCCUAUUGCUAAGAACCAAAGAAUUCCUCGCAGGCCACGCGUGCUUGGCUCGGCUUCCCAAGCGAGCGUGCUGCGACGCAGACGCACUGGUUCCGCCUUCCCACCAAUCUCGACCCUCGACGCGUUCCGUCGGCGCGUGCGGACAGGAGUCGAGUCGACGCGAGGCCGCUCGGCGGGCAGGGGCUACGGCGCGCCCAGCGACGGCGCGGAUGGCGGACUCGCAGCUGUUCUGCGUGGCGGAGGAGCGCAGCGGUCACUGCGCCGUGGUGGACGGAAACUUCCUCUACGUGUGGGGGGGCUACGUGUCUAUUGAAGACAAUGAAGUGUAUUUGCCUAAUGAUGAAAUUUGGACCUAUGAUAUUGAUAGUGGGUUGUGGAGGAUGCACCUGAUGGAAGGAGAGCUCCCCACCUCCAUGUCCGGAAGCUGCGGCGCUUGCGUUCACGGGAAGCUGUACGUGUUUGGAGGCUAUGAUGACAAAGGAUACAGCAACCGACUUUAUUUCGUUAAUUUACGAACAAGAGACGGAACCUAUGUUUGGGAAAAAAUCACCAACUUUGAAGGACAACCACCCACCCCUCGUGAUAAACUUUCCUGCUGGGUGUAUAAAGACAGAUUAAUAUAUUUUGGUGGUUAUGGGUGUAGGAAACACAAUGAACUUCAAGACUGUUUUGAUGUUCACGAUGCGUCUUGGGAAGAGCAGAUAUUCUGGGGAUGGCAUAAUGACAUCCAUGUAUUUGACACAAAGACACAAACUUGGUUUCAACCAGAAAUUAAGGGUGGAGCUCCACCACAGCCACGCGCCGCGCAUUCGUGUGCAGUUAUUGGAAAUAAGGGUUACGUCUUUGGUGGACGUGUUCUGCAAACGCGGAUGAGUGACUUGCACUAUCUAAACUUAGACACUUGGGCCUGGUCUGGAAGGAUUCCUGUUAAUGGAGAAAGCCCGAAACAUCGGUCAUGGCACACUUUAACACCCAUAGCUGAUGAUAAGCUUUUCCUAUUUGGUGGACUAAGUGCAGAUAAUAUUCCAUUAAGUGAUGGUUGGAUUCAUAAUGUCAUAACAAAUUGUUGGAAACAACUUGUACAUUUACCUAACACAAGACCCAGAUUAUGGCACACAGCCUGUUUGGGAAAAGAAAAUGAAAUAAUGGUAUUUGGUGGAAGCAAAGAUGACUUACUUUCCUUGGAUACAGGUCACUGUAAUGAUUUACUGAUCUUUCAAACACAGCCUUACUCACUUCUCAGGUCAUGCCUUGACUGCAUUGGUAAAAAUGCUAUCAUUUUAAAAAGUCAGAUAUCUCUAUUACCUCCUAAACUCCUACAACAAGUACUCAAAAAAAUCACAUUUUGGACUGCAGCUAAUCACCGGGAAGAACAAAGGGUUCAGAAAGAAACAGACAAUAAGUGUCAGUGGGUCAGUAACAACUGAACGGUCUGAGCCUGCCUGUGUGAUACGGCGAACCAUUAUAAUCGUUACACACCCCCCUUGCAAGCUUCACUGAAGGAUAAAAUUUGAUACAAAAAUGCGCUGUGAAAGUCAAUGUAUGGCAUGGGAUAUAUGGAAAUAAGAUGUGAAUAUAGAUUCAUUGAUAUUUAUGUUCAUAAACCGAAGUUCCUUGUAAACUGCAGAGCAAAUAUGAUUUCUGAAAGUAAGUACACUUGUAACAGAUCUUAAUGUGUAUGAUUUACUGGAAGAGUAUGCAAAUUUGAGAAUAAGAAAUUACCCUAAGGAUUUUAGAAAUAUAUAUAUAAAAGCAUACAUUUUCUCAGAUUACUUUAAAAUUACCUAAGCAUCUCCUUAAAUAGCUGUCAUUAAAUAACAUCUCCUUGAAUAAUUAAUAACUGUAGCCAGAAAUUAUACAACAGGCAAGUGCUGGCGUGGUUUAACAUUGAACUCCUGCCCUUUUAGCACUCCCCUAGCAUUUGUAGGUACCAUCGUAGCUUUCCUUUAUUUGAAUAGAGGGGUACAUGUUUUCAAUUUUGUCUCCUUUACCACCAUUAUUAGCUAGUCCAGCUUUUAAUAUAAAGAUCAUGUUUUAAGGUAUAUAAAGUGGAGGUUAACUUGUCUUACAAAGGAUUUGGGGUAUUGAGACAUGGUAUAUUUAUUAACUUUUGAAGUGCUGAAAAAUUUUCUUGGGCUGGGUUUGGUGGUGCAUGCCUAUAAUCCCAGCACUUGGGGAGGCUGAGGCAGUCAGCGUGGAGAAUCACCAUGAGUUCGAGGCCAGCCUGGGCUCGAUCGAGCGUUCAAGGACUAAGCAGUGAGACUCCAUCUCAAUUUUUUAUUUUUAUUUUUGCCUGAGAAGAAUAUGUCAUUUUUGUAAGCAAUGAAAUGGGUGGCAAUCUACUUUGACCCUCUUGAAAUUCCUUGCUUUGGCCCGUAUGGCUGUACAGAGUCGAUACUGAAGACACUGACAUGUUCAAAACCUGGUAUAUCCCCUUUGUUUUUAGUAUUGGCCUCUGUCCAGAAAUGGAACACUGUAUUCCUCCAAAAGGUACUUGCGCCAUACUUGAGACACUUUCCUUUGUACUGUGAUACUCAUGCCCUGCCUAACUGGUUAUGAUUAAUUACUGAAAAGCUCAGUAUAUAAAAUUCUCCAUGCGAAGUCCAUGCAAGUUAUCGCUGAAAUUUAAGAUGUUAAAAAACUGCAUUUCUGUAUGGAAAUAUAUACAUAACUUAUAGUGAAAACUGUAGUCUAUGGUCUUUCAUUAGAGAUUUUAUACAUAUAUACUAUAUUUUGGAUGUGUAAAACUAUUUAUGAAAUUUUCUGGAAUAUUUUGUGCUUACAUUUUAUUUAUUGUAUAGAGCGUUACUGUUUCUCGGUCUUGUCAGUGUGAACCAACCGGUCAUUAGAUUGUGCCAAAAACCGUCA